GGGUUUGCGCGGAAGAAGGAGACAGUAGAGGAUAUAAUGUUAUCUCCUAGAAACCAGAUUUUUAACCGAUGGAAGGUUCCAGAAAGAAUGUUAGAAUCUGCGCCACCUGGUGGGAAGCCGUUCACACCACUAGAAGUUGAUGCAACUGUUCAUACACCAUCAAUCCCGCCGCCGACACCGGCGAAGGUUCCCGGCACACCAUUGCCGGCGGCACCUGCAUCAGCAAGACAAAAACCGGGACCAUCUUUAACAAGAAUGUCACGAGAAAUGUCAUUACCAAAUAUCAAGAUCAAGGCCACGCCUUCCCCGAGGGUAGAAUCAAGGAAUGGACUACAGAAAAUGAGCUCAGCACAAAGUAGAGCACCUAAAUCUGCACGGCCAAUGCAGAUGCCCGCACCGAUGACCCCGCAAAGGUCAAAGACCAUGUUCGUAGACACAAGAAAGAAAAGCAGUGCUGCACCGGAACGACCGGACGUUCGUUUGAACUCGGCUUUACUUCCGGAGGCGGUACCACAGGCGGAAGAAUGGAUGAAGUACGCGGAUAAAGCUGAUAAGAAGGUGAUAGAACGUAUAUUAAAGAUGGCAAGCAAGAAACAUGAGCUUGACAACAGUUUGAAGAGAACCUUACUGCCUGACGCUAAAGAUUCCGUUGAAAAAUGGAUGAAAGAUGCCAAUGAACAAGGAAAGGAUACAGAAAAAGAACGGCAGGUAGCGUUGAACUUUUUCAACUCACUAGCUGGUGGUCAACUGAUGGGGAUGACAGUUGAUAGUCAAAGGAAGCGACUGAAGGAAGUCUUGAAUACGCUAGAAGACGCAAAGCCUGGUGUUCCUUCUUAUGGUAGAACGAAGAAAACCGUAAGACGCCGAAAAGAGACGAUGAGUGACGGAAACCUCCGAUACGUUCGUUUACUUACACCAAAUACACGCGAAAACCGUUGGAUGCAUACGACAUGGCACCAUCUACCCGAGUACCGGGACGACAAUAUCGUAAACAACUGGAGUUCUCACUAUAUCCGCCCACAUGAGCCCACCCCACGUCACUUUGUUAUACAUCCAGACUGGGGAUAACUGGCAGAACUAAAAAUAGCUCUACUUGACUGUUAUAUUUGUUACCUUUAUUUUCAAAGAUGUUGUAUAUGAUAAUAAGGAUAUUUUAGAUUGAACUUAUUGUUGAUUACCUUCAAGUUUUAUAUAUUUGUUUUUAAAGAUUUAAUAAAUAGAAGAAA